AUGAUGAGAUGUUCAAUUGUCAUCAUUUUGAUCUAUGCUUUUAUUAUCACUGGAAAUGCUAAAUACGAUACUCCAACUUGUCCAACAGAACAACAAAAUCCGAAGUUGAAAGACGUCAAUGUUCCGCGGACACUUUUGUUGUUUACUAUUGGUUAUGAUGCAUCUGACGCAGAUGUAAGUUUUCUCGGAAAUUAUACAGAGGAAACAAAAAUAAGAAUAAUUUAUCACCUAAAAUUAGUGAUGAAUUUGAUUCCCAAAGAUAAUGUCCAAAUUGUUGUUUUGUAGAAAGAGAAGAUUGCAUUUGUUGUUCGACAAACUGCUUGCUGGAUUCCGAAACAUGACAAUAUAUCUUCUGCUGCCAUUCAUCUUUUCUUCGUCAUCUUACUUCCUAAUAAUGAUGUUCAAAAUACAUUGUCAACGAUUAUUGAUCAAUCACUCAGUAAGAACUUUUCACAAAUUAAUUGAGAACAUAUUUUUUUAGAACCUCAAAAGGUAUCAUGCGAUACAUUUGGUAAUGGCCUCAAAGAACUGAAAACCAGUAGAGUAUUGAAGAACUAUGACAUCAUCAAAGUCAUUGGACACAUGGGAAAAAUUGCAGACGAUUGUGAUUAUGCUCUUCAAUGGAACAAUGCGCAAAUGGAUUCGAAAUUUGAACUCUUCAUGAUUCGAUUCGACAACAAAAAAGAUCCUGGGAUCAUUUCAUUGAAUUAUGAGAAUGUUGCUAGUAUCGAUGUAUCUCGUAAGUUUUAAUCGUCUUUUUUAUUUUCCAUAAAAUAUUUUCGCGUUUACAGAAACAUCACCUCCUGCUGAACUCAAAGCCGCCACUGGCACAUUGUAAGUUGAAAUUUCGAAUUUCGGGAAUCUCAAAAUCAAUAUCAAUUUUUUCCAGCAUGAAUUAUGUUCUUGGCGCUGAAACACCACCGAAAGCUGUCAAAACCGAAGAGGAGUUCCAGUUUCCUGAUUGGGCCUAUAUUGCGAUUGGUGUUUGUGCUAUUGUAGUUGGUGUUUGUGUUGUUGGAUUUGUUGGUCUCAGCUAUUGGAAAAAGUGGUUGUGCUUCAAGAAAAAGAAUAAAGGUGAAUAUUUUGGUGGAGGCUCGAGCGAUUUGUCUAAAUAUUGAAAAAAAAAAUCACAAUUUUCAGAUUCGCCGCCGGUAGUUUCCAAAACAUCAACACCCGCUGCAGCAACUCCACCUGCACCUCCUGUUAAACCUGCACCACUUGCACAACCAGCUCCACUUGCUCAGCCACUUCCACUUGCACAACCAGCUCCACUUGCUCAGCCACUUCCACUUGCUCAAGCUGCACCCCCUGUUCAACCAGCUCCACCUCCCCAACCUGCACCACCUGCUCAACCAACUCCACCUCAACCCGCGGCACCUCUCCAACCAGCUCCACCUGCUCAACCAGCCCAACCUGCACCACUUGCUAAACCUGCGGGCGCUGCCGGAGCCGCUGGAAAUGCUGAAGAGGCUGAUGGUAAGAUUUCCUAGAUCUUGGAUCCAAUAAUGUUUUGAUUAUCAUUUAGAUGCUUUACUUCGCACGUAUAGCGACCGUUCAAUGGGCGGCACACUUGGAACAGAGGGCCGUGAUGAUCUUGGUGAGGAGUAUAAAGCGGACUACAAGAAACCGGUGCACAAGAAACUCACGCCCAACUAG